AUGCUUGGUCGAGUUAUCCUGCACUUUAAGGUCUCCAGACCCUCCAAGCCAGCCGAACCCGGUGCCGUUGGGAUCACCCAUCUGGUCCUGCGACCACCACGUAUCAUUUACACCGACGAGGUGGACUUCAUGUGUAUUACAUCCCUUGUCGGUGUCCCCGUAAACGAGGAACACGACAUCGGGAUUCUCCCUGUUUACUUCAUACUUGGCUGCGUAGUCGUGGCCAAGAUACAGGCCGUUGACGGACUUGAGAACAUAGCAAUGUCCGUACCCGAGGGCCAUGUCUAUGCCGCUCAAUACAGCGCACACGGGCUCGCCUGGGCAGACGAUAAGGUUGGAUGGAGGAGGUGGUGCUGUAAAACAACUCAGCCCUGUGAGGAUGCUAGCGAGUUUGCAGCAGGUUCCCAGGCCGAGGAGAUUGCUUGUCCUGAAGAGGGUGUUGGCGUCUUCGUCACAACAGAGCCUUUCCUGCGUGGGGGAAUAUUUGAACGGGGUACAAGCUUCUGGUGA